CUUGUCUGCAUUUCCUGGUCAAAGUAAAAAAGCUCACAAUGUCUAUGCGAAAGUACCUGGAGCGCUCGGCUGUCGCGCUGAAGCAGGGCGUGGAGAGCGCGUACUCUGGCGACUUUAUGAACCGCCAGCUUGACUACACUGUCGCCAAAGUGAAUUGCCGCGCUGAUUUGCAAAACUGGGUGCGUGGCUCGGACCGCGACGUCGGCGGGUUCUCCGAUGCAUACCUGGACACAACGCGCCAUGGGCACGCCAAAUUCCACGGCUACAUUUCACAGAAGCUGCCCGAAGACCCACGCUUCACACGCAGCGGCUACGCAAUGGUACGAUCUUGCCAGCCCCAGUCACACAUGUUUGGCGGCAAGUACUGGGACAGCUCGCUGUUCCGGUACCUGAUGCUGAGAGUCAGGGCUGACAACCGCAAGUAUUUUGUGAAUCUGAAGUCGUCGACUGUCGUGCAGACCGAUAUCUACCAGCACCUGCUGCCGAUCCGCACGCCUGGCCGGUGGGAGACAGUGGUAAUUCCGUUCAACGAGUUUACGCUGACAAGCAAUUCGGUCAUUAUUGCGUCACAGCCCGGAAUGUCUGAGACCGAGAUGGAGACUGUGGGCUUUUCGAUUUCAGACAGGCAGGAAGGCCCAUUCUGCUUGGAGUUUGCGUGGAUCAAGGCACUCGACAAGGACCUGUAG